AUGAGUCACGAGGAGUUGACGUACACAACUUUGGAAAAGUCUCCGUUAUGCACCAUAAAUCCAUACAAUCAGGACACCAAUACUCCGACAGAUGGAAUGAUUGUGAAAUUGGAAUUUGAUGAACCGGAUGAAAAGUGGUCACAUAAUCCAAGCAACUUGCAAUACAUCAAGCAAGAAUCGCCAUCAGAGAAUUGCAUGUCCAACGAACUAGCGCCUGCUGCUCAGAACAAUACCGUCCACGGGGAACCCCAUCAGAGCUACUUGAACAGUGUGAUCAUCUAUAAACAGCAGUUCGCCAACUCCAGAGAAAACACAUCGUACCCAGCGGCUAGUGCUUUAUGCGGACCAUAUCCAUAUGUCGGCUUGGUUAACAAAAUUCAACAGAAAAGUGAGAUCUGUAAAGUUUGUGGAGACAAAGCCAGUGGGCUUCAUUAUGGAGUGAUGUCGUGUGAAGGUUGUAAGGGAUUCUUCCGUCGAAUGAAAAGCCGUGAAACUGAUUACGAAUGUCGCAGAGUGAAAUCAUGUGAAAUAAGCCGUGAGAACCGUAUAUGCCAGUAUUGUCGAUACCAAAAAUGUCUCCAAGUUGGGAUGACAAGAGAUACCCUUCAUGUGGCACGAAGACAAAGAUAUGUUGCUUCAAAAAAACUCCUACCCGCGGCGGAUCUUGAAUUUCUUGAAAAAGCCAAUAAAAUCGUUGUUCUCCACAUGAACACCUGCAAUUAUAAGACUGAAACAGUGAAGAAAUUGGCAAAAAAGGAAAUCGGAUUGGCAUUCGGAACAGACGACAGGAAAUUCAAAAUGCAAUCUGUUUUGUUCGAGAUCUUCCAGAAAUGGGAUUCAUUUCAAGUGUUGAAAAAACUGCAAUUCUUAAAAAUAACAUUUUUUGGAAUCUAUCUGAUUCGCAUCAUUCGUUCAUUGUCUAUUGAUGGAAUGAUUCUGCAAGAUGGUCGUUUUAUCAACAUGAAAAUUCUUCGACUUCUUUUGGGAGACGUUGCCACGGAGAUGACCGCUUUGGGAGACUACUGUAGUCGUAGUGAAGCUGACGAUAGUGCUUAUGGACUAUUGGCUGCACUUGUUUUGGUCCAACAGCUUCCAUUGGAUUAUCAAAAUGAACUGUCGCUUGAAACUGUAACUGGAAUGGUGGAGACUCAAGAAUAUCUUCGAAUUUCAAUGCAAAAAAAUAUGCAGUUUCGAAAAAAUAAGGAAAUUACUUUGAAACAGUUGAACAAUGUGCUUGUUGGUGUCAAUAAUAUCAAUAAAAUGCUCGAAAAGUCGUUCCUCGAAUUCCUACGCACCGCAGCAAAACAGGGAGAUUUGGACCUGCCCGUCGUCUUCCAAGAAGCUCUAAAAUUGAAUUCCGAAACUGAAAAUAUCCCAGAACUUGAUCAAAGUUAG